GAGUCUGCCCAAAGACAGGGAGAUACGGGGACACAGAGCCAGUGAGAGAGCGCCCUAGGGAAAGAGAGGGAGAGAGACAGACACAGAGGGGGAGGCUGGUUCCUGAUACCAAGACAAGGAAAAGCAAGGGAGGAACAGAGAGAGAAAAAAGGGCUGGCGGAGACCGGGAGAGAGGGGGAGAAAACAGGGGAAUAACAUUUAGAGACACCAAAGGCGUAGGGGAGGAAAGAAUAGAAUACUGUGUUCUUCUGAACACCCCCCCUUUUCUUUCUCUCUUUCGCGCAGUCACACCAGAUUGGACUCCGAAGAAUCUACACCGCGUCUACCCCAGACCCCAUGGGUUAACAGACUGUAUCCAGGAGAGGCUUACAGGUCAGCUAACCAAAUGAAUAGCAACAGGAAGGAGGACAUGGAGAUAGCGUCCCACUACCGGCAGCUCCUGCGGGAGCUCAACGAGCAGCGGCAGCAUGGCAUCCUGUGUGACGCCUGUGUCAUCGUGGACGGGAAGAUCUUCAAGGCCCACAAGAACAUCCUCCUGGGCUCCUCGCGCUACUUCAAGACCCUUUACUGCCAGGUGAAGAAAGGGGCGGAGCCGCAUCACCAGACAACUGUCACUCACCUGGACAUCGUCACAGCGACGGGCUUCAAGGCCAUUCUGGACUUCAUGUACUCGGCCCACCUGGCGCUGACCAGUAAAAAUGUCAUUGAGGUGAUGUCAGCCGCCAGCUACCUGCAAAUGACCGACAUUGUCCAGGCCUGCCACGGCUUCAUCAAGGCCGCACUGGACAUCAGUAUCCGCUCCGAACUGGCCGACGAACUGGCCGACUUUGAGAUGGGGGCUGCCGCGGGCGCUGGUCUAGGGGGAGGUGGAGGAGGAGGUGGGGGAGGUGUAGGAGGGGUGGCGUCAGAAGCCUUGGUGUCUAUCAUAUCAGGACGAAGCUCCUCGCCCUGGCUGGGGAGGCGUACAAGCCCGGCCAACUCCUCUGGGGACUCCGCCAUUGCCAGCUGCCAUGAGGGUAGUGGCAGUACAUACGGGAAAGAGGACCAGGAGCCCCCCAAGAGCCACGAGAGCCAGGAGGACGGUGGUCACGACUCCCAGCCCGCCUGGCCACACAACUACCGCCCUGUCAAAGAGGAACAAGUCUCACCCUCCUCCGUUUCUCACCCCCGGGAUGGGCCCAAUGUGGGUGCAGGGACACAGGGGGAUCAGGGGGGAGGAGGUGAAGGGCCGUGGCAGCCCUCUGGGUCUGGGCGGAGGAAGAACAGGAAGAACAAGGACACGGUCAGACACAUUACCCAGCAGGCCGAGGGGGACCGAGACAGCAGGCCGGUGUCGCCGCUGCCCUCCAUGAUGGGCGUGACGGGGUGGAGUUACAAUGGAAAAGACAUCCCAGGUGCAGAUGUGACGGAGCCCAACAGCUCAGACAGUCGCGGAGAACGUCUCGACUUCUUCCUCAAACAGGAAGAGUCUCUGGCAGCGAGCGAGGCCAACUUCCUGGGUGCCAGCGAAUCAGAUGAGGCCGGAGGUGGAACCGGGGGCAGGACUACCCCAUUGGUAGCCAAUCUGAGGGCAGCGUUGAUGAGCAAAAACAGCCUGCUGUCGCUACGGGCUGAGAUGCUGGGAGACGAUAACCCUCUAUUGUUUGAAUACCUGCCCAAAGGAGGGCACUCCCUCUCACUCCCACACGGGCGAGAGGCCCUACCCCUGUGAGAUCUGUGGCAAGAAGUUCACCAGGAGGGAGCACAUGAAGAGACACACACUGGUCCACAGUAAGGAUAAGAAGUAUGUGUGUAAGGUCUGCAGCCGGGUCUUCAUGUCGGCAGCCAGUGUCGGAAUCAAACACGGCUCCCGUCGCCACGGCGUCUGCGUUGACUGUUCCGGGCGGGGCAUGGCCGCGUUAUUGGACCACAACGGGGAAGUGGGCGGAGAGCUCUCCCCUGAGGACGAGCCGUAUCCCGGCGACCACCGUUUCCCUGAUGACCAGACCGAGUGCGACGGCGACGGAGAGGAAGAGAUGAUGACGGAAGGGGAUGGAGAGAUAAUAGGAGAGGCGGAUGACAAGGGAAGGAAGUGGAAGGAUGACUCAGGGAUGAUGACGGCGGGAGACGGGGCGAUGGACAAUGACAAGGAGGAGAGCAAUGACUCUGUGCCAGAGCGGGCACAGCACAACGGGAGCGAGAAGGAUUUCGGCUGGAUCUCUUAGGAUCCCAUGGGAUCAUUUAGGAUCUAUUGUGGAUCUGUUGGAAUGUCUCAGGCAGAGACACUUCUCUUUACCCAUGUUCAUGGGCAGGCCUUCCUCUGAGUGGGGUAUGUGGGCGAUUCAUGACAAUGAUCUAAAUUGACAGGUGCCACACACACAAGCUGAGCCCUGUGCUGAUGAUUGCCAUGGAGAGCGAUUGAGAGAAGAGAGUCUCUUUCUGUUCACCACCUUUCUUUCCUCUUUAGUUUCGUUUUUUUUCUUGUUUCUGAUGAGGUCCAGACCAGAGUCUGUCCAUUGGUUUAGAUGUCCACCUAUGUCACACUGGGGCCAAUGGGGACUUAUUAAACGGUCUUGGGUGAUGUUGGACUGUGGCCACUUGUGGUCACAGUCGCCACGGACCUGACGGAUUGUUAACGGUUUGGAAAAAUGCCACGGUGGUGUCUUGUUGCCAUGCAGUCCCAUUUGGGGACAGUCUAUACAUUUUUGGGGACAAUCUUUUAUCUAUUGCAAAGAUGCACGCGUCAGUCAUCGGUCGGCACAUUGUCUCCUGCCGAGUGAAACUGCCACAGACUUGCACUUUAAACGUUGACUAGAAUCCUGUCAAUGCCCACAACCCGUGGUUUACAUUUUCAAUCUGAUUUUAACUACACAACUCGGUGACCGCACCUACCUUUAAGGAUAUAUUGUAUGUCCUCAUGACUGUUAUAUAUAUACACAUGGAUAUUAGUAUGCUUAUGUAGUAGUUUGCUGAUUAUAUAGCCUACGCCUUUCAAUGGGUUCUUUUUCCUCCACUUAAGUUACCAUGCGUUUUUUUUUUAGCUGUGGUGAGACUUGUGAAAGGUUGAGCAAAUGUACAUACAAACAAGCCACGGGAAUUCUAGUAGAUCGAGGGAGAGUUGACGACAGGGAGUGUUAGAGAGUGAACACUAUGCAGGAACAUAACCCAUCACUCCAGAGGUAAGUGCUCUCUACUUUCAGAGAGAGGAUAUCACCGUUUUUAGGGUCGCGUCCACAGUUUAACAGAUGUUCUAGCGGUGCAGCGAAAUGCUUCUGUUACCGGCUCCUAACAACACAGUGUCUAGAUCUCCACUUCAGAUAUUUACUCCCAGAAUGAGAGAGGUUGUCUUUGUCUGAGGAAAGGUGACGAAAUGCUUAUUUGUGUACCGUUUGCCUGUACGACGAGUGGGCCGAUGGAGGGGUGAGAGAGACAGACUACAUACACAAUGACGACGGGUCAAAACUCAUGCCAAAACGAUCACACUAUGAAACUAUUCUACGUGGCUUACAUUGAGUCUCUCUUUCUCCUUCUCGCCCGUGCUGUCCUUCCAUCUCACGUUGUGUCUCUGUGCAGACUCGUUAGAACCUUUUGUUUAGUGAUCAUUUGUAUAUUUCACCAUCAACACAGAAUAUGCACACUUUUACACCUUAGCGGACCUUAAAUGAUGGUUCAAUCUUUCAUUUUGGUGAGGACAUUUUAUUUCAGUUUUUGUAUUUGUAAAGAAAAGGUCAGGCUUGAGUCCAUCCAGAGAGGAUGCCUGUUCUGCUGAGUGCUUUUGUGACGCUUUCUUUUGUUUGAAAAUGUUAUUUAUUCAAAUCCAUGUUUUUUUUUUGUAGUGGAAUUAUUAUACUAUAAAAGCAUUCCCGACACUCUGUCUCAUGCCUUCUGUGGGCGCGGUGUGUGGGUGUGUCCGUGUGUGCGCACGCACGUGAGAUGUGUUUUGAUUUUCUUCCGGUUAUUUCCUGCUAUUUGACCAUUUUGAGUCUUAUUACGAUGAGCAGAAGUAUGAUUAUUGUUGUUAUGGGUUACAUUAUUAACAUGAUGAUUAUUAAGUGCUGGAUGCGAAGCAUUAUUGUGCGUUUCUUUUUGAUAUUUUAUAUCUUGUAUAAGGAAAGCUUUUAUAUUUGGCCUUGUUGUGGACAGCAAGCCAUUAGGCUUUUCAGAUGACUUAUGUUGUGCCAGUUCUCUGCUUUUCUGUUGUGUUUGGUUUUUACAGAGAAAAGACAAAUUAGAAGAACUUAUUCUAAGUUAGAUAUGGAUCAGAACUUACUGUGUGUAUGGUAUGGCACGUGCUUCUAUAUUACUAACAUACACUAAUUCAUUAACAUUAUACCAAAAACAAUCUAAUACAUUGUAUCAAGUGCUUUUGUUUCAACCGUGCGUGUGCAGGUGCAAAUAUUUUCAAUUUAUUGUGGUCUAAUAAUUUUGUUUGGAUGUAGUUAUUUCGUUUAUUUUGUAAUAUUCUUCAGUUUGUAUACAUAUGGUAUAAUUGAAUAUGAAGAGCCUUGUGCCCUGCUAGUCUAGACCUGCUGGAGAUUGCAUCUUUAACCCCUCUUUUCUUUAUUGGCCUUGUUGCCCUGGUUUCCAAAGGCGUGUUCUACUGUAUAUCCUGAAACAUAAACCCAAUUCCAAAUCCACCCCUGGCCCCAACCCCUAUAUACUUUUUGUAGGUCUGAAAUGAUCGGACUGGUGUAAAUAUUAUAUAUUUCAACUUGGCCUAUCAAAGGGCAAGGUCCUUCCAGACCUACAAGACAUGUUUUGGAGUGCCUGGGCGCUACAAGGGAAAGGAACGGAGUGGGCCACAAUGUUGGCUCUGGGAAUUGUAGUUGGUUUGCCGGAGGUGGUUGCAAACACACCAUCUGCCACACUUCAAUUUCCAUCUGUCCCAAUUCUAAACACUGUAUCCAACGAACACCCCUCUGCUGUAUGUUUUGAUUUCACUGAUUGGAAAUGCCUUCUCCAUGUGUGGUGACUAGCUGUAUUUAAGUUGCAUCAUUUUCAUUUGACCCAUCCAUCAGCAAUCUCUAAUCUGUUUUCAGAAAGAAAACAAAUGACGUUUGGGUGGAUAUGUUGAACGUUAAUGGCUGAAUAUAAUGGGAUUGUCGAGAAGUGCAGUGUAGUCGGAAAGUAGUGCCGUAUCCGUGAUAUUCCUCUGUCACCCACACAGAUAUUUUCACCCACUUUAGUUCUCUUUUCAUCAUCACCUGCCUGUGUCUUCUUCCUUGUCUUGGGUUGUAAUUCAGGAAAUAUUUGCCAUCCAAUCCCCUCAACAAUGUGCCUCGAUCUGUUUUACCGGUGUGUGCGUGGGUGUGUGCGUGGGUGUGCCUGCGUGGGUGUGCCUGCGUGGGUGUGCGUGUGUGUUUCAAGAGAAACGGAAAUCAUAUAUUUUAUCUCAAUCACAGGUGCAAAAAGUUGAGACAAAAAAAAAAUGCAGCUAUAUGUUUGUUUCUGACUGUGUUUAUUAAUCGUUUGUGCCCUGGUUUUAUGGUCUUUACUGCACGUCUCUGUUCAUUUGGCGUACCAAAGUCUCUCACAUCCGCACACACCAUGAACAACGAACUGUUUGCUUUUCAGAAGACGAAUAUGGCAAUUCCCUUCUUAGAUGUGUACAAAACGGAAAUCCUGAUUUAGCCUGUAUAGCUUGAUUCAUAUGUGCAAAUCACAAAGCCAUAGACAUGGUUAUAUGUAGAGUAUACUAUAUUUCAAAAUUCUUACUUUUUAUUUUAGACUCUGUUCUUUACUAAGAGUGAUGUGUUCAUAUAUAUAUAUAUAUAUAUAUAAAUUGAUAUUACUAUUAUAUAUUAUUUAUUUUCUCUCACGUUUCGCGAGGUGUCUUUCAUUUGUAAAGUGAGAUGCUUGAAACUUUACGGUUCUUUGUUGGGAAUAUUGUUCAAUAUGACACUGACUUUAUAUCGAUUAUCAUAAACCUGUGUUUGUAACGAAGAUGUGUUUGAAUAAUCAAAACCUUGUUCUGUUUGGGGAGGAUUAAAGUGGGACGAUUUUCUGUGUA